CAUCGAGCAGAGCUCUGCUGUGCUUUGGCCCAUCAAUGGAGGAAAGAACGUCAUCUGUUUCAUACAUUUAGUUAGCUGCCAAAUCAGUUCAGUUCUUCCAUAAACUAGUAUUUUUAUCCCACAACACAUUGUUUUCAUAGCGCUGUCUCUUUUGUGUGCCAAAUAUGCAUAAAAAAGACAACAGUCAGUGCCAAGAAAUGUUGAAAGGGGAAUUCGUGUAAAGGCAAGUGCUAGCCUUGCUAUCUUGGUUAGCUAGAUAGCUACAAUUCUGAUCAGCUAGCUAGUUCAAGAAACCGAAUUAAAACCAAAAAUUCAUAUCCAAGUAAAGAAAUAUUCAAUUGCAACCAGACGAGGGGCUAUUUGAAGCAAACUCAAUUUCUGCUAAAACGUGGCCUAAGCCAUGGGGGCAUUCCUGGACAAGCCCAAGACGGAGAAGCACAAUGCCCACGGUGAGGGCAACAACCUCCGUUAUGGCCUGAGCAGCAUGCAGGGCUGGCGGGUGGAGAUGGAGGACGCCCACACCGCUAUGGUGGGUCUACCCCAUGGCCUGGAUGACUGGUCCUUCUUCGCUGUCUACGACGGCCACGCCGGCUCCCGCGUGGCUAACUAUGCCUCUAAACACCUGCUGGGGCACAUCAUCACCCACAGCAUGGGUUCCCCGGGCCCUGAAGGUGUCACCCCAGCCCCCACCGUGGAUGCGGUCAAGACGGGGAUCCGCACCGGUUUCCUGAACAUCGACGAGCACAUGAGGAACUUCUCAGACCUGCGUAACGGUAUGGACCGCAGCGGCUCGACGGCCGUGGCCGUACUGCUCUCGCCAGAGCACCUCUACUUCAUCAACUGUGGUGACUCACGGGCCGUGCUCUACCGCAACGUGCAUGUCUGCUUCUCCACGCUUGACCACAAGCCCUGCAACCCACGGGAGAAGGAGAGGAUCCAGAACGCAGGUGGCUCGGUAAUGAUCCAGAGAGUGAAUGGUUCCCUGGCCGUGUCCCGGGCCCUGGGAGACUACGACUAUAAGUGUGUGGAUGGGAGGGGUGCCACGGAGCAGCUGGUGUCACCAGAGCCCGAGGUGUUUGAGAUUGAGAGGGCCCCAGAGGACGAGUUUGUGGUGCUGGCCUGCGACGGUAUCUGGGACGUGAUGAGCAAUGAGGAGCUGUGCGAGUUUGUCAAGUCCCGUCUGGAGGUGUCCCACGACCUGGAGAAGGUCUGCAACCAGGUGCUGGACACCUGCCUGCACAAGGGAAGUCGGGAUAACAUGAGUGUUGUGUUGGUGUGUUUGCCAAACUGCCCUAAAGUGUCAGAGGAGGCGGUGAAGAAAGAUACAGAGCUGGAUAAGUUCCUGGAGUCUCGUGUGGAAGAGAUCAUAGAGAAGGCAGGAGAGGAGGGUAUUCCCGACCUGGUGACGGUCAUGAGGAAUCUGUCCUCAGAGAGCAUCCCCAACCUGCCACCAGGGGGAGGCCUCGCCAGCAAACGCAGUGUUAUCGAAGUAGUGUACAACCGGCUGAACCCACACAGGGAAGUGGAUGGGACUGGAGCAGACCUUGAGGACCCCUGCUUUUUUGUGGUUUUUCUUUUUGUGCUGAUGAAGAGACACGAGGGCCGUAGUUGGGACAUUUUGUGGCCCAUCCCUGUGCAGUCUGGGGUGCCUUUUUCCCCAUCGCUGAGGAUGGAGGAGCUAGCUGUUAACUGACCAGGCCCCAAGUCCCUGCUUCCAGACACAAGGGGCCCUACAGAGGACCACCACUGGGUCAGGGACUCACUUGCCUGUGGCUGCCUGGCUGGACAUUGCUACUGGGAUUUCAGAUAGACAAACCCAAAUGUGUGGACAGGAUAGGAGUGACUGGCUGCAUUCUAUGGCAUUACUUGUGUGGAAGGGUUUGGAGACUGACCGCUUUUUGCACCUUUUCCCCUCACCUUUUCUCUCCAACCAACAACAAAAAAACAACGGAGACCCAGCUAAUGUUUGCAUUGACAGACACUGCCUAAACUUCAACCAUUUCACUUCCAUAAGCUUUCUAGCCUGCUGUUGAUCAAGAAAAAUUUAAAAUAUAUAUCAAAUCCAUAUAUUUUUGAUUUAUGUAAAAAAAAAAAACUUUUUAAAAACGUGUCAGAUGUGGCCUACUGUGUGUGUGUAAAGAUGAGGAAGUUGCUGGUUUGUUGACUUUAGGAGUCAAGCAGAGAUUUUGAUUGACACGUGAGGAGAUCUACGUGUGUGUGGGGGUGUGUACAAACCAGCCGCCCAAGGACUCUGGGUUUUUGGGCUAAAGGGAUUCUAACUGCCCAACAAAGCCUCACUACUCAUUUCUCCUUGCACUUCUCUCUCUUUAGAUUAUCCUAUGUUCUGUCUUUCCUCACCCUCUCCUUAAAAUGCAGAAACGGACUCUUGCAACAACUUGCCUUUUUAUUAGAUUUUUCUCGGAUAAUAUUGUGUGUUCUUUUUUCGUUUAGCAAUUUCAAAUUUCUAGGCAAUGAUGACGUUCACCUUUUAGUUUAUUUUUCAAAUGCCGUGUUAAUAGUGUAAUAUGGUUGUUCCAUUGCGUUCUCUAAAUUUCAAUAGAAAUUGCUUGUAUGAAAAAAUGAAACUGAUUAAAUGUGUUAAAAGGAGAAGUCAAGCAUGAUUUAGUGUGCCGGUGAGGUGGCUCUCGGCCCAGGUUUCUGGCUUGGCUAUGAUCUGGUACACAAGCCUUGGUGCCAUGUGACUUAGGUACUUGAAUGUUGGGUGUGGUUCUAUUUUUGCAAUAUUGAUUUUGAUGAGAUAAUAAAUGUAAAAAAUUGGGGGGGGGUUUAAGAUUUUUUUAGCUGUGCAUGUUUUGUGUUGGAGGAAUGCGUGGUGUGGGAUGGGGGUCCUGGUUAAUGGGUAUGUUUAAGCUAUAGUAGACACUGGGUUAAGAGGGUGUGGGGCUGCUUUGAAUGUAAUUCACCUUCACACUACCCUGCACAGGCUGAGCGGAGGCUACAGAUGCUUUCCUCCCCCUGGUUAUUUGAUGACAGAACUUACCCUGGCAUUUAGUUUUCAUUGGAAUAUAUAGGCUAUAGAGUCCCACGUGGGGUUAUAUUAAUACGAUCUUUAUUCUCAUCUUCCUCCCUAACUGGAGCAAUGUGCUGGCCCCGCCCCCUAUUACUAACUGUAAUGAUUGAAAAAUAAGAAUGUUUGUGAUGUUUUGGGGGCUGGAAAUGAACUUGGUGAUUUAGUGCCCAUGUUAUUCAUCCUGAUUUUCCUUUUAUCUUUUUUUGUGUAUCUACAAGUAUUGACAUAUAGAAUGGUGAUCAUUUCCACAUUUUAUUUAUUCCUGAUUUUAGCCUUUAACAUGAGAGGUGCUGUAUUUGAGAAUGGUAUGCGGUUAUGAUGUGUGGCAGGGUUUGCCCCGCCCCCUCUGCAUGGUCACCUGAGUGAAGAGGGGUUCAGGGGUCAAUCGUGGGUUUAAACCAUACAUCCUGAUAGUUCCCAAUAUAACAUUGUGAUGUUUCAGACCAUACCGUGAGCAUAAUCUUCAAUAAAGGAUGGAUACAUUUAGAUGAAA